AUGCGCUUCUAUUCAGCCCCCAUUGUCACUUUCAACUUGAAUAUUAUCUCAAUGCUGCUGUUUUUGGCACUGUUCAGUGUCGUAACCGUGAAAGGUUUGAGGAAAUAUCCGGGGUGGGAGGAAAUAGUGUUAAUGUACUGGUGUUUCACUCUAUUUCUGGAGGAGAUCAGACAGUUCAUCAUAUCCGAGAGUUCUUGUGGAAGACGGUUUUCUGCGUACUUUGCGAACAGGUGGAAUUGGGUUGAUCUUGCGGCGAUCGUGCUCGUGCUAAUUGGAUUCAUUCUGCGCUGGGUUCCAUGUCAGGAUGUUCUCAGAUGGGCGCAUGUGUCUUAUGUUGUUGCUCUUAUUUGCUACUUCCUUCGGUUCACCAGUGUUUUUUCGAGAAGCACCUACUUGGGACCAAAACUAGUGAGCGUUUUCAAAAUGGUCAGUGAUGUGAUCUUCUUCUUCUUCAUUGCGCUCGUGUUUUUGGUGGCGUACGGAGUGGCAUUUCAAUCGCUAAUCUACCCUGGCAUUGAGCAUUCUGUUCCUACCUUUGUAUGGGGAUUCUUCUUGCGACCAUUCUUCGAGAUGCUGGGGGAACCACACUAUUUGAUCGGGGAACCUAAAACAGCAAAGAAUGUCAAAGAAAAAAGCAAUGCCGCGGAAACCGCGACAAAUCUGUCGCGGAAUCAGCUCACAAUUCAAAAAAUACCCAAGUUGGCCUCGUAA